CCCAUCGAUCGUCGGGAGCCCCGAGCCCAGAAUACGGACCCCAUGGAGAACAGCACCGUUUCCGAUUACAACUAUGAUUACAACAUUAGCUUGGAUCCGAACAUCUCUGUGGAUAACCAUUCCGAGACCCUGCACCCUUUGAACAUCUUGGCCUUGCUCAUCUUCGCGAUCGUCUUCCUGGUGGGAGUGCCGGGCAAUGCCCUGGUGGUCUGGGUGACGGCAUUCGAGGCCAGGCGGGCCGUCAAUGCCAUCUGGUUCCUCAACCUGGCGUUGGCCGACCUCCUCUCCUGCCUGGCGCUGCCCAUCUUGUUCACGUCCAUCAUCCAGCACAACCACUGGUCCUUCGGGGCGGCUGCCUGCCGCGUCCUGCCCUCGCUCAUCCUGCUCAACAUGUACGCCAGCAUCCUGCUCCUGGCCACCAUCAGCGCCGACCGCUUGGUGCUGGUGUUUAACCCCAUCUGGUGCCAGAAGUUCCGAGGGGCCCGCUUGGCCUGGGCGGCCUGCGGCGUGGCCUGGGGCCUGGCCGUGCUGCUGACCAUCCCGUCCUUCCUGUACCGCGCGCUGCGCGAGGAGCACUUUCCGCCCAAGACGCUGUGUGGCGUCGACUACGGCAGAGACGGCGGGCGCAAGGAGCGCGUCGUGGCCAGCGUCCGGCUGGUCGUGGGCUUCCUGUGGCCGCUGCUCACCCUCACCCUCUGUUACACCUUCCUCCUGCUCCGCACAUGGAGCCGCAGGGCCACGCGGUCCACCAAGACGGUCAAGGUGGUGGUGGCGGUGGUGGCCAGCUUCUUCAUUUUCUGGCUGCCCUACCAGGUGACAGGGAUGAUGAUGGCUUUGCUCCCCUCGUCCUCGUCCGUCUUCAGCCAAGUGAUAAAGGUGGACGCCUUGUGUAUCUCUCUUGCCUAUGUCAACUGCUGCAUCAACCCCGUCAUCUACGUGGUGGCCGGCGUGGGCUUCCGAAGCCGCCUGCGCAAAUCCCUCCCGAACCUACUCCGCAACGUGCUGACCGAGGAGUCCCUGGUGAGGGACAGCAAGUCUUUCACCCGAUCCACCGUGGACACCUCGGCCGAGAAGAGCCAAGCCGUGUGAGCCACCAGGCCACCACGUCUGACGUCCCCCUUCCUUUGCGGCCACUCUCGCUUGGCUUGUUUGAACUCCGCUCUUGGCAGGGUGGUGUCAUCUCAGCGAACCCUUCCUCAUUCCUCUUGUCUUUCUCAGACUUGUCGCUCCUCUUCCAGGGUGUCUGUCCUCACCCUUCCUCACUUCCGGGACUAACACUUCCUUUUAGGGAGCCCCAACCUGUCCUUCCAUCCCAGGCUUUUGGGGAAGAACAAACAGAAGUCAACGUGUCUGCGGCGUCCCGCAGGGCAACAUGUCCUGUGUGUGCAGAAAGUGUGAACAGAGGACAUUAGAAUGCAUGCAAAUAGAAACAUUCCCGUGCAAAAAAAAAACAAACCCAGUUACGUAUAUAUUUUAUGGAGAGUUGGAAACAAUGUAACUGGCAUCUCAAAAAUUACUAUUCUCAGGACAAACUUACAUGUUCCUAUCUAAAGUCUUGUGAGUUGAUUUAAAGAAAACAUUGAGUUAAAAUGUUACUUAGGGUUUUUUUUUAAGUAAAAAGGUACUACGUGGGAUGGAAAAAGGAUGAGGAAGUCAUGCCAAAGGCUAAGGUUGGAGAAACAUUGGCUGCGUAGAUGCCGAUUGUCUGAUUGUAAAAAAAGCUUUUUACUUGGAAAACUGUUAUUUCGUUUGUACUUUUUAAAAAAAACAUUAGAGUUUUUAUUUUGAGAUCACUGCAGACUCCAUGCAGCUGUAAGUAUUAAUACAGAGGGACCCUGGGUACCCUUCGUCCAGUCUCCCCCAAGGGUGACGCCUUGCAGAGUGGCAUUACAUUCUCCCCAGCAGGAUGUCCACAUUGAUGUAGGCAGGAUUCGGGACGCUGCUGUGGCCACGAGGGUCCCGGGGACGCCACGUCUCUCGUCCUCCCCAGCCUCGUCCCUAGCCCCUGGCAACCACUGAUCCACUAUGCAUUUCUGUGCUCUUGUCGUCUCAAGAAUGUUAUUCAGUGGAAUCAUGCAGUAUGCAACACUUCGAGUUUUAAAGACUAAUAUGUGUGAC